AUGGCUCCAAUCACUCCUUCUCCAAGGCUAUCACGGAUAUCCGUCCUAUGCCUCUUCAUUUUCUUCAUCACAACCACACAAGCAUCCGCUCUCUUCGUACGCCAAGCACAGACAUGUGGAGGCAACGCUGAGCUUCAGCAAUGCGGAGGUGACUUUCCGUCUUCCUUCUGCUGUCCCAAGUCUUCUACUUGCAUGAAUCUUGACAGUGGCUCCGUCAAGUCUGUCAUUUGCUGUCCAGCUGGCUCGGACUGCUCUUACAUCCAACCCACCACCUGCGAUGUCGCACAGCUUAACGCUACCCUACAUCCAGAAAACCAGAUGCACCUCUCGGGGACUGAUGGUGUUGAGCUACCAAAGUGCGGCGAUAAGUGCUGCUCUCUCGGAUAUACAUGUCAAGGCAACAUGUGUGCCAAAGACACCUCCCCUACACCGUCUCCAUCCAACCCCUCUACCCCAACACCCUCACCCUCAUCCACUUCCCCUGCCUCUGCAUCUCAAACCUCAGAUUGCCCAACUUCUACCCCAGUCGAAACAAAAUCCUCGUUCGACGGGCGUUCCUUUGCCGCAGGCUUCUUCCCUGGCCUCGUUAUCGGUGCCCUGAGCACCAUCGCUCUCCUCUGGGUCAUCAAGAAGCGCCGUGAAUCGCAAUCCAAAGAGCGAUACUCUGGUGAUUUUGGGCAUGUAGCACGUCAAAUCAGCGACCCAAUCUACGACCCCCAGCUUGCCGCACGUACAGAUUUCAUGCGGAGGGGAAGUCGCUCAGUGGCCUCUUCUCCAAACUCAGCCGACAGGAUCGCGCAGGGCAUGAAGGAAUCCAAUAACACUGUCGUUCAUGGCUUCACCCCCAGGAUCAAAAGCAUGUGGGAGCGUACCCCGAAGCUGAACUUUGGCUUCGGUUUACCUGCAACCCCUGCACCUCCUGCUGUUCGGGCAGGAAACCCUUAUAACGAUCCUUAUCAAACACCCCCACCAAAACCUAAGCGCAUUCACUCGGCACGCCGCACGAGUUCGAGGCGUACCAGCGCUAUACCGCCUCACGUUCAACCCCAAUACCAGCAGGGCCGUCCAGGUGUAGGGCGAGUAGACAGUUCUGAAACUAUCGAUGUGCUGAUGCCGACGACGGGAAGUGGAUAUCCCAUGAAUCACAACAACGAUUCGGGCUUCUUGCAACCCCCACAAGCUCCUGGUAUGAGAGGCCCAAACCGCUACACAACGGAUUCUGCCCAUACGACUUUUACCAAGUUGAUGGAGCGGGCGGGGUUUGACGAGGAACCAAUGCAGGCAGUCAGAGACUGGAAGACCCCCCGAGUCUAG